AUUAUUCUUAUAACAUGUUAUUAUUAUUCUUCAUAGACAUGUUGUUAUUAUUCUUAUGACAUGUAUAGACAUGUUGUUAUUACUAUUCUUCAUAGACAUGUUGUUAUUAUUAUUCUUCAUAGACAUGUUGUUAUUACUCUGAUUUUUCAGUGAAUCCCUUACCUCAAGCUUUUAUUUUGAAAUAUUCAAACCGGAUGCAUUUCUCGGCCGUUGGUCGCUUGUAGCGGCGGUACAAAAAAUAAUGCCAUCGUCAGAUUCGGUGAACUAUCGGUGCCUUUUUAUAUUAAACUCUCCUUUUUAUUAACAAAGCGACGGAGCAAACAAUGCGAGUCGACAGCCGAAACCGGAGCUAACGGCGUUUAGACAGCUUGUCCCCGGCCGUCAGAGUGUCUCUGUGUCCGGCUGCAGCAGAUGGGAUCCUCGGUGUAUUUGGCUAAAAAGGCGGAAGACUGCGCACCAACAGCCCCAACCAGAGAUGAUACAAAGCUCCAGCCGCUAGCCAGCUAACUAUCUGUUGGGAGAUGCUGGUAAACGGCAGCCGAUCCACCAGGAAUUAAGGACAACACAGGAAACAUUUCGACAGAUGACGUCCCACUUUAUGGAGCCACAACGGGACGACUUGAACUGAGACGGCUUUAAUACUCGGCUUUAAUACAGCACUUUUCCCGACCUCAGGAUGGCGAGCAGGAGGAAGUCCACCACACCGUGCAUGGUUCCUCCUCGAGAAACCGUUGACUCGGACGAGGAGAUGGAGGACGUCACAGAUACGGCUGAGACGGGGGACAGUAACGGCGUGGCGGCCGUCUCCUCAGAGGUUUCUGGUCUGUUUGAGCAGCGAGGCGAAGACGCAGAUGUCAGACAGGUCUCAGACCACUAUCUGGAUUCGAACAUGGCAGAGGGGGGCUACGAGUGCAAAUACUGCAGCUUCCAGACGACAGAGCUCAACCUGUUCACCAUGCACGUGGACACGGAGCAUCCCGAUGUCGUCACCAACACGUCCUACGUCUGCAUGGAGUGUGACUAUCACACCAAGAGUUAUGACACUCUGCUGGCCCACAACGCUCGCCUCCACCCGGGCGAGGACAACUUCACACGGACGAUGGUGAAGCGAAACAACGAGACCAUCUUCCAGCAGACGGUCAACGACCUCACCUUCGACGGCAGCUUUGUCAAAGUGGAGGACGACGAGGCCGAGGAGACGUCCCGCAAAGGCAUCGCCCUCAGCAAGACGCCCAUCAUGAGGAUCAAGAGCAGACCGGAUCCCAAGAAGUUCACCGCCUCGCACAAACUGGCCGUCGACGACGUCAUCAAAGUGGAAAGCGACGACGAGGACGACGAGAACAAGGAGCCGCCCACGCUGUCUCCCGCCCCGAUGACACCCGCCGCAGCGCCCCUCGCCUCGUCCCCGUCUCCACGCCGCUGCAGGUCCAGGCCGUCCCGCAGAGCAUCGUGGUCAACAGCCCAACGUGCUGCAGAUCAAAGGCGGCUCGGGCGGCGGCGCCAUGCUGCCUCCUGGGACGCUGGCUCAGGUUCUGUCGGCCCUGCAGAACCAGCAGAACAGCAUUCAGACGCAGACUCAGCUCCUCAUCCCCAUCAGCAGCAUCCCAACAUACAACACGGCCAUGGACAACAACGUCCUGCUGGUCAGCGCCUACAACAG